AUGGUAAGGAAAGGAGGAAGAAGAGUUAUGAGACCUGAUUUGGAGCCGGACUCACAGACUGAAGUGAAAUCGGACUUGAUACACCUGGUACGCGAUUGCUGGGAAGAGGAACCCGAAAACAGACCAAGAAUUCAGGAUGUGCGGGUUGUGCUAAAAGCAUCUUUUGGAGGAAGUCAUUAUAUGCUGUCAAUCAAGUUUUUUAGGCGUGCAAAUCUUAUGGACCACGUAUUCAAAAUGAUGGAAAACUACGCAAAUUCUCUUGAGGAUGAAGUUGAAGCACGUACAAAGGAGCUAGUUGAUGAAAAAAAGAAGAGCGAUCUUUUACUGAGUCGAAUGCUUCCAAAGCAAAUAGCAGAACAGCUGAGACAGGGUCAAGCAAUCGUCCCGGAAGCAUUUGACAGUGUGACCGUGUUUUUCUCAGACAUUGUAUCCUUCACAGAAUUAUCAUCAAAAUGCACACCUAUGCAGGUUGUCGACUUUCUCAACGAGUUCUACACAGCAUUUGACAGCACUAUCGCAGAAAAGGAUGUGUACAAGGUGGAGACCAUCGGCGAUGCAUAUCUUUGUGUAUCUGGACUACCUCAUCGGAACGGCACGGAACACAUCAGAGAAAUUUGUUUGAUGUCAAUAUCGUUGCUGAAAAAACUCAGAGAGUUUCGCAUUUCACAUAUGCCAUCGUACAGGGUCAUGAUACGUAUUGGUAUUCACACGGGUAAGUCUUUCUCAAAACUUUCUAUGAGACUCUUUCUAAUCUCCUGUCCAAUCUUAAAGAUGCCCUAGGA